AAAGCUCACCACGAAACUAAAAGCCGAAAGCUCUCCUCAAAAACACAAAAUCAAAAACCCAAGUCCUACCCUAGUUCUUCUUCACCUUCUUCUCUCUCUGUAAUCUCGAUCUAACCAUGGCUCACAAACAACAGCGAUUUGAUCCUUAUGACAUGAAUGGAGGAACUUGUGUUGCGAUCGCAGGAGCAGAUUACUGUGUCAUUGCAGCAGAUACUAGGAUGUCUACUGGUUACAGUAUUCUUACACGAGAUUACUCCAAACUUUGCAAAUUGGCGGAUAAAUGUAUAAUGGCAUCAGGGGGAUUUCAGGCAGAUGUGAAAGCUCUGCAGAAAGCCUUGUCUGCAAAGCACUUGAUCUAUCAGCACCAACAUGGGAAGCAGGUGAGCUGCCCUGCCAUGGGGCAGCUGCUCUCCAAUACCCUCUACUACAAACGUUUCUUUCCUUACUAUGCUUUCAACGUCUUAGGUGGCCUUGAUAAUGAAGGAAAGGGUUGUGUUUACACUUAUGAUGCCGUGGGAUCCUAUGAGAGGGUUGGAUACAGUGCUCAAGGUUCCGGUUCUACUCUUAUCAUGCCUGUUUUGGAUAAUCAACUGAAGUCUCCCAGCCCUCUCUUGUUACCUGCCGUGGAUGCUGUGACUCCAUUAUCAGAAGCAGAAGCAAUUGAUUUGGUUAAAGAUGUUUUUGCAUCUGCAACUGAAAGAGAUAUCUACACUGGAGACAGGCUUGAAAUAAUGAUCGUAAACGCAGCAGGUACCAGAACCGAGUACGUUGAGCUCAGGAAAGAUUAGUAUGUGUGCCCUGAUGCUGUUCCUUCUGGUGUGGAAUCUGGAGCACAAGAAACUGCAGUUUUGACAGUUUCUCUAACUGCUACCAUCAACUACCAUAGAUCAUCUUUUCAAAAUAACAAAUUUCUGCUGAAUUUCCAGCUCUUUUAUUAGUGUUGUGGGAAAGGCUGUCCGAGACUGUACGUCUUCCCUGAAACAGAGUUUAAGAGUUGCAUAUGUAUUGGAUUUUGUUGCUUGCAUAUUUAUUUCUAAGGAAUUCCUUUUGUUUCUAAGGAAUUCCUUUUGAGGUUGUCUUAUGAAUUGUCCAUGUCUCAUUAUUUCUUGCUCAGACCCAUAAGCCAACGGCAUGGGUUAUAUAUUUAGUCAUUAAA